GCCGCCGUCGUCGCCAUAUUGCGACGAAGCUGGGACGUUCCAUUCGGUGCUUAGCUCAAAUUUCGUCCAAAUUGGACGAUUGGGGGAUUCCGACGUCCCCCAGAUCCUGGUGAUUUCGCUUUCGCUCGCCGCCCAGCCUCUACUCUAAAUUAGUACUGGUCUCUUCAAAGAGGACAGUUUUAUUUCCCGGUGUUUCAAUAUGCAGCUCUUCUGAAUUGUUUCGGCCAUGAAGACCCAGGUAGUUAUCGCAACUCCUUUCGGAGUCGCCACUGCUUUUGCCAGCGCGUCUACCAGUGUCGACGACGGUGUUUGCGUCGUCCCCGUCAAUGCUAGAGUCUCCAGCGAUGGACAAGAAAAAUUCUGCCCGCUCGUCGUCGUCCGCUCCCAAGGGGAACACCACUGACGCCAAGAGCAAGCAAGAUGGCUCGGGCAACAAGCAGCAGCAGCAGCAGUGGCCCGGCAGUGGCGGCGGUGCUUCGGGAGGAGGCAGUCGCCGGGGGAGGUGGAGUGGACAGCAAGGGGAGGGCCGUCGGCCCACUCCUCAGCGCAACCGCACGACGCCGGACAAGAGGCCCCAGCCCAAGGGGCAGCCCCCACCAGCUGCGCAGUCGCCGCAUCAGAAUUCACAGGGACAGCGCAGUCAGGUAGCACGCAGCCUGCAGGAUGACUGUGUGGAAGAAGCACUCCGCAAGGGCAAUCGAAAGGUGAACUUGAAUCACCUGCUGAAGUUCACUCUGACUCCCCGAGAGAGUGAUCACCACCACAGCUACUGGCCUGGCCAACGCUCCAGUCGGCCACCACCGACCAAGCACUCCAAGGAGCAGUUCUUGCAGGCCAACUGCCAGUUCGUGGUGCGUGAGGGCACGGUGCGUCGUUGGGAUCCGGACGUGCCCGUAGCCUGGGAGCUGGUGCACGAAGUGCGGGUGCUGCAGCAGCAGAGUGACACUGGCCAGGAGGAGCGCUGUCCCGUGUGCCUGGGCACCCCGCGGGCAGCUCAGACGCCCCCGUGCGGACAUGUGCACUGCUGGUCGUGCCUUCUCCACUACUUGGCCCUGUCGGAUCGGCUGUACCGGCCGUGCCCUAUCUGCUACCGGCCAUUCUCUGCUCAGCAGCUCCGCAGGGUGGUUCCCCAGCCCAGAAGGGGCUACCAGCCGGGUGACGAAAUCACCAUGUGCCUGAUGCGUCGCCAGAAGAACCAGCCCGGUGCCCAGCCCAUGCCGGCUGACCUUUGGCGUGUGGAUGACCUCGAGCCCUUCAACGUCAACCGAGAAGACAGGCUGACUUGCCACCAGAGGGUGUUGGUGGCGUGCCCAAAGCAGCUGGGCGCCAUGUUGGACAGGGAGGAGUCUGAGCUGCGAGCCCAGCUCCUCGAGGAAGGGGAUGCCCCCGAAGCCUGCUUUGUGCAGGCUGCCCUGCAGGCAUUACAGCAGCGCAGGCAGGACCUUGAGAAAGAAGUGGGUUCACUGGACGUGAAUGCCAACAGCCAGGGUCAGCAGCUCACUGUGGAUUCCGAGGGCAACAUGGAGGUGCCGGUGCACAGGGAGCAGCAACAAGUCGUGAACAACACAAGUGACGACACCAGAGACCUGGUGCCUGACAUGACACACAGCCUGCUUUCAGAUUCCCAUCAGUUGCGGGGCCGUGAGCGCUGCACCAGCAGUGGCAGCAGUGGUGCAGAGGACAACGCAGUUGGUGCGGAAGAUUUGGAGAUGCCAGUUAGCACUGCUGCCAACAGCGCCGGCAACAACAACAAUGGCUGCCGAGAAGGCGCCUCGGGGGCCGACAGCUUCUAUUACUUCCAGGCGGCCGAUGGCCAGCCCGUGUUUCUGCAUGCACUCAAUGCUCGGAUGCUGGCGCACGAAUACGGCGCGCUGGAACUUGCCCCGGUGACAUUCACGGCACGCAUUGUGGAAAUUGAAGGUGCCUCCAUUGACAAUGAGCUUCGUAGGCGGCUCCGAUACUUGCGCCACCUGCCACUGACGUGCGAGAUCCAGGUGGUGGAAGUGCAACUGGCGCCACCUGUUCUCAAGCAGGUCACCCUGGACCACUUUGCCCCGGAUGUGGAGAAACGCCGCCGUCAGCGAUCCCGGAGAGCACGCAAUGAGAAGCGUCAAGACAGACUGCGUGCAAAGGAAGAGAUGCGUCGGCAUGGCUACGGUGGCAGUGCCCGCUACCAGCUGGAUAGUGUGCGCCACUUCCCGAUGUGCGAGCCAGUUAGUGGGCCAUCGCCAGCUGUGCCCUCUUCUCCUCCACCCCUGUACUCACCGUCUGCAGGCUCGGAGGGCUCCAUACCAACUGUGAGCGAUCCUGACGAGCAGCAGCAGCAGCAGUUGAUGCUCAGCAGUGCCAGCAGCCCAGCAGAGGAAGACAGGUCGGCAACCCCUGCCAGCAACUCUGUGAACCGGGUGUCCUUUGCUCAGAUGGUGCAGACACGCAGCGCGGGUGCGGCAGUCGGCUUUCGCAGGGGAUUGCCGGCCAAAGAUCCCCCCAUGGCUAGAACAGCGGCAGCAGCCAGCUCCGACGCGGAUGACGACGAGGAAGGCUGCCCCGUGCCGCUGUUCCGUCACUCGUUCAGCCUGGCCCUGGAGGAGGCUCUUAAUGCUGCUGCCGCAGCAUCGGCUGCUGCGCAUGCUGAAAGUGCCCAGUCAUCUGAUGGACAGAAGGGCAAACCUGGAUCUAAGAAGAACAAGAAGAAGAACAUGACCUUGCUGUUUGCAACAUCCAUGAAUCGUAGCAAAUAGUGUCUACAACACACUGCUGGUUUGCGGCAUUUCCUUCCAAGCCAAAAAGAAAAAGAGCGAGCAAGAAGAGGUCCUUGGAUCGAGCAAUUGUGCGCCAGGUUAUUGGGGGCAAAUUUAUUGUUUUAAUUUUUCAAGUUCCUUUGACGGUAAUGACGCUUCUGUCUGUGGGUUUCCCAAAAGGCAAAACUCUUUCGAAGCGAGGACUUUCCAUGAGGUUGAUAGAAACAGAAAUUGUUCUGUGUUUGUUUUGAUGUUCAUUCAUUUGCUCUUUAGAGAAUGCAGAUCGUGGCAGCAUUGGCAGACUGUUGACCCUGCAAGAUGCCUGCAUGGAGAAGCUAUGUCAUGAGUAAAUAAAGUGUGCUUGUUUGAACCCUC